AGAGUGCGAGCAGCGCCCGGCGCGCGCCGCCAAGAAGUUUGCAAUUGAAUUGCAAGAAGCUGGAGGUGUUUUUGCAAAGGUAGAGUGAAAGGACUGCUGCUGCUGCUGCCGCCGCCGCCGCCGCUGCUUAAUUGCACAUUCAAGUGGAAAAUUUUCGGGAGUCAGCAGAAACAUUGUGUCCCAAAAAGACUAAGUCGCAGUUACCACCAAACCCAGGAGGAGAUUCUCCCUGGAAAACUUCCCUUCGGUUUCUUUUCUUUAAAAGAUUCCAAGCUUUGGCUUGGAGACCCCAACCGUCACCAUUGAGCCCAGCAGCUGGAGCGGCAGUGAAAGUCCUGCCGAAAACAUCGAGAGAAUGAGUGACUCUGCAGAUAAGCCCAUUGACAAUGAUGCCGAGGGAGUCUGGAGCCCAGAUAUUGAACAGAGCUUUCAGGAGGCCCUGGCCAUUUAUCCACCUUGUGGGAGGAGAAAAAUCAUCCUAUCAGAUGAAGGCAAAAUGUAUGGUAGGAAUGAGUUAAUAGCAAGAUACAUCAAACUCAGAACGGGGAAGACGCGGACCAGGAAACAGGUGUCUAGUCACAUUCAGGUUCUUGCCAGAAGGAAAUCUCGUGAUUUUCAUUCCAAGCUGAAGGUAACAAGCAUGGAUCAGACAGCGAAGGAUAAAGCAUUGCAGCACAUGGCGGCCAUGUCAUCGGCCCAGAUAGUCUCAGCGACGGCCAUUCACAACAAGCUGGGACUGCCGGGAAUCCCACGCCCCACGUUUCCUGGCGCACCAGGGUUCUGGCCAGGAAUGAUACAAACAGGUCAGCCGGGAUCUUCACAAGAUGUCAAACCCUUCGUGCAGCAGGCCUAUCCCAUCCAGCCCACAGUCACUGCCCCCAUUCCAGGGUUCGAGCCUACAUCCGCACCAGCACCCUCAGUUCCUGCGUGGCAGGGCCGUUCCAUUGGGACAACUAAACUUCGACUUGUGGAAUUUUCAGCUUUUCUUGAACAGCAGCGAGACCCAGACUCGUACAACAAACAUCUCUUCGUGCACAUUGGCCAUGCCAACCAUUCUUACAGUGACCCAUUGCUCGAAUCAGUGGACAUUCGUCAGAUUUAUGACAAAUUUCCUGAGAAGAAAGGUGGCUUAAAGGAAUUGUUUGGAAAGGGUCCUCAGAAUGCCUUCUUCCUUGUAAAGUUCUGGGCGGAUUUAAACUGCAACAUUCAAGAUGAUGCAGGGGCUUUCUAUGGGGUAACCAGUCAGUAUGAGAGCUCAGAGAACAUGACCAUCACCUGUUCUACCAAAGUCUGUUCAUUCGGGAAGCAAGUAGUGGAGAAGGUAGAGACGGAAUACGCCAGGUUUGAGAAUGGCCGAUUUGUGUAUAGAAUAAACCGCUCUCCAAUGUGUGAAUAUAUGAUCAACUUCAUCCACAAGCUCAAGCAUUUACCAGAGAAGUAUAUGAUGAACAGUGUCUUGGAAAAUUUUACAAUUUUGUUGGUGGUGACGAACAGGGAUACACAAGAAACCCUCCUGUGCAUGGCGUGCGUAUUUGAAGUUUCAAAUAGUGAACAUGGAGCACAGCACCAUAUUUACAGGCUUGUAAAGGACUGAGCACGGUUAUUUAUAUAUACAUCUACACACACAUACACACACACGUCAUCAUGAAACGACAGACUGUAAACCUCAGUACUAAGUGGCCGGGCCCCUGGUCCAGGGCGGCCCCCACGGAUUUCUAAAUCUUGUCAGUCAUAUUUCAUGUGUUCAUAUAUCAUUGUAGCUGUGAAAUUCUGGUACAGUUGUAAAAAAAAAUUCUUUCUAAAAUGAUGUGUUCUUCAGAUUUGUAACCCACACUUCUUUGGGAAAGAUGACACUUAAGAAACGGAGGUCUCUGUCUGAGGAGGCCUGUUUUUAAUUGUGGUAGAAAAUGUAAGACAGAAGCAUUUGCCAUGGGAAAUUUACAGCAUUUAUACAAAUGUAUUUAGUUUUUUUUUUCCAACAUAAAGUACUUGUUUUAAGAUGCAAGUAAAAUUAAAGUGAAACUUUAAGUAUAAAUGUAAAUGAGAACACAAAGUGAAGAAACUUUAGAAUUAUCUUUGUAACUAAUUAGGGUGAAACGAAUGUAAUUCACUAAAUUAUUUUUUAAAUGAAACCUUUUUUUUUCCUUUUUGAAACCAAAUGUUACAAUGUAGCCUUAAGAAAAGCUUGGUAGGAAGACCCUAAUGAGGCAAAAUUGUAUUUUUUUCCUCACCAUUUAAAACUAAUUCUCUAAUCCAUUAAACAUCUGAACAGGUAUUGCAAAGAAAGAAAAUGUCAUCCCUUAUACAUAACAUAUAGAGUGUAUUUAAAAAUAUAAAAUUGUAUUGUACUAAUAUGAAGAUUUGAUUAUUUAAUGAAAAAGAUGGCUUGUUUUGCAAUAAGUAGGUAAAUACUGAAAUUUUAAACUUACAUUGUAGUCAUGUGUGCAGUUAUAUUUUAUAUGGACAACUAAAUUUUCUAUUAAUUGGAGUGGAAGAAUUGGAAACACUGAAAUUAUUAGUAACAAAAUAAGAGUUAAAAUUGGCAUGAAUACUGCACUGUUAGCUGCAAAGUAGAGAGAGGACUGUGGUGGGAAGAAGAUGGUGUAGACCAAAUUCCAAAGGCUCAUCUGCUUUAGUAUCGCUGCCACCCAGAACAACCCAGGCCCACCUGGGCUUCUUUUAACAGACCCACAUUCACCUGAAUAGCUAUGGUCUCUGCAUGGACCCAGACAAGAGGCAUUUUCUGAACAUCUCUUCAAACCCUUCAAUUCUAUGUGCUGACUAACCCCCUUAAGGUUUGGGCACGCCAUUUGUGACUAACCCUGGUGGAUAUGUCAGUGCUCAUUCCUUUGAAACAAGCUCAUUUGGGAGCUCUUUUCUUGUAGAAGACUUCACUUCUUCCCUCUUCAAAUACUCAAAUACAUUCAGCAGUUAGAGUUAGGGAGAGGGAUAACGUCACUUGGGUUCUUUCAACUCUGAUACUAUAUAGGUCAUUAAAAGGCUCAGGUUACAGAACGUGGUGCUUCUUCCUUCCUUCCUUCCUUCCAUGCUUAUCGAAUGCCAGUUUUGUGCCACUCAUCACCCACAUAAAGACUGCUUCAUAUAGUCAGAUUUAGAGCUGGAAAGGGCCUUAGUCAUCAUCUUUCCCAGAUCUUUCCUUUUUCGUUUGAAGAAACUGAGGCCAAGAAAGACCAAGAGGCUAUCCUGGCAUCACACAGCCAGUAUGUAGCAGAGUCAAGAUUUGAACUCAGGUCCUUUGAUUCUAAAUCUCUUUCUUUUCCUGGCACACCCUGCAUUUCACAAGGGUGUGCACUUUGUCUCUGGGAAGACAAGAUGGGAGAUCGCACAUUGUGCUGAACUGUGGGGGCGGCUGUGUCUUCGGAGCUGAAGGACAAAUGGUGCUGAGCUCCAGUCCUUUUUACAAAGCCUGCACUCAACUUAGGCCAGACCCAGAUGUUGUCCUUACUCCUAUUUCCAAGGCCCAUCUGGCCUAUUCACAGCUGCUCACAGAUGGCCCUUUAUUUUAAGGCUUUGUGCAUCUUUUUGGAUUACAUCUUCUUGUCCUGUGGCUAAGUGGCUGUCUCCAAAAUACAAGGUGUCCCAAAAGUCUUUGUGCAACUUUAAGCUUUAGUAACUUAAAACUGAACCAAGACUUUUGGUGUCUUGCCCACCUUCUUCCCAUGGUGGUCCCAUUACCCUUUCAGGCAGUUGUGCUUGGAGGGAGGCAUAAGCAACUUGUGUGGCCAGCAAACAGGAGGGGUAUUUCAAUCUAUUUUUCAAAGCACAAAAAAGAGACUCAGAAAUAUCUUAUGUAGAAGUACCAGAUAGAAGAGAUUUAAAAAAAACCAAAACCCAGCACUGCUUGGUGUCCCAGGCCUCCCCCGCUGGAUUCAUAGCACCCUGGUCACAGUUGUUGACACGUAGGCAUCUUUCAUCCUCAACACUUUUGUGUGACAAACCACUCAGGUGGUUUUUGAUGUGAAUUCCACCUCUGUGUUCCUUCUGCUCCUUAAAUCUUUGUUUGGGGUUUUGCGGUGUUGUCAGUGAGUGGGUUUGGGGUUGCUUUUUGCUAAAAACACUGAUAUUUAUCACCUCUUUUAAAAUUUUGGGUGGGUUUUUUUUUAAUCCUUCAUUUUUCCAAAGCUGACGCUUUCUCUCAUCCAGUACUUCUCAACAGUAGGGCAGAAGACCUCACUAGCUGUGUGACUCUGGGCAAGUCACUUAACCCCAGUUGCCUCAUUAAACACACACACACACACACACACACACACACAGUAGGGCAGAGACCUUUUGGAUGUGCUGUAGCCCCCUUCAGCCGCAGCUUCUGUGUUUCUUACAUCUCUUCCUAGCAAUCUGUCCUCCCCUAAAUUCUCCUGGAGGGCGCUACAGAAGUUUAUCUGAGGCCUUCCUGCAGGCUCCCCUUUGUCAUUUCUUCCUCUAUAGUAUUCUGGUCAUAGAACUAAAAACCUCCAGGAAUGAGACCCAUGUGAUAAACCAGUCCUCUUAAACACUGGUCCCCUCUGCCUUCUUUCUAGGCCUUCUGUCAUGCCAGUUUUCACCAGGGACUGUGGGGUCCCUCCGUCUGUUUCCUGAAAUGAGUGUGUAUUGACAAAAGGACACUAAAUUGGGUGGUGAGGAAAGUUGAGGCACUCAGACACAACUCCAUUCCCAUUUGUUUUCCUGAAAGACCCAGCAUAGAAUCAGGGACUGCUUUGGAGACUGUCUUAAAUAGAAGGUUAGCACUAAUAAGGCCCUUUGGAGGUCAUGUGGUCCAGCGUUUCCCAUCCCAUACUAGACUGAUCUCAUGGGAGUGGCGAUGGGGACCUGGGAAGAAAGAAACAGAAGUUGUGAGCCCCAGAAGGUAGAAAGUAGGACAGUCAGCAGGUUUGUUUAUGUUUAUAGGUUUUACAAAGUAAAAGGUCUUUAGAAUAAAAUGUCUUCUUGCUGGUAUUUUGGAAACAAUGAUUUGGCCUAACCCACCAUUUCACAAAAGGAAGAAACUUAGGGCCAAAGACAUUUAAUGAACUUAGCUGUCAAAAUUGGGAUUGUUUCUUUCAGAUCCCCUUCAGUCCCAGUGUCCAACCUGUGAAAGAGCUUUCCGAGCUCCUACUGGUCUGAUCAGCCACAGUCAGACACACUAUACCUUGACCCCAACAUAGUGACACCGUUUUGGUCCUCUUUAAGUGCAAAGAACGACAACCAACCACCGUUACACAUUGCCGAAUCCUGGCUUCAGGACUACCUCACUCAACAGAGGUGGAGAAGAAAUAGAGGAUUAUAAACCUACAGUUAUUCAAACCCCAGAGACCAUCUCAUCCAAUAAUUCCCCCCACCCCAUUUGAUAGAUGAGGAAACUGAGGCCCAUGGAGUUAAGUGAUUUGCCACAGGUCCUGGAAAAAUCACCAGGUAAAGAGAUCCAAUGAGUAACUUAUGCUUGUCUUUUCCCACAGCGUCUUUUCUCAUCACUUUCUUGCUACAGUUAAGUCCUGUUCCCUUCCUGAUAGAGAUGGUGAAUGCUUGGUUUCCCAUUGUCCACCCUCAUUUAUAGAAAGAGAGCCCUUUUUCUUCAUCAUCCCUUUCCAUCAUUCCUCAGAGCUUUCAUUCCUAGUAUCUUUGCCAUCUUGGUGAAUUUCCUUUGGAGCCUUGCCAAGUUUUCGCUUCCCAGGACAUCCCAUUAGGACUUCUAUAGACACUCCAGGGGAAAUCCUUUUUUUUUUUUUUGGACCCUGGAAGAUUUAGAAAGAAGAAUCUUGACUGGGAGAGAGAUCACCCAGACUUUGACAGGGGAUAAAUGGAAUGAGGAAGGUGUCAUUUGAGACUGGAGAGGCUGUGGAAGGGGCAAGAUGACUGUUUUAUAGAAGUGAUACCAAUCUUUCUAAGACACAACUCUAUGUGAAUAUCAUUCGCUGCCUGCUGACUGAGGACCUGUCUUAUAGUCAUGUCGUGGAUCUGCACAUAGUAAAGCUGAUGAGCCUUUUAGUUAGCAUUGUGCAUGGUUCACCUUCCACCAUAGGCUCCUCUAGACAAGUUUCUGAUGCUGACCAUCCCAUCAGCAAGAGCACGGCAUCCUGACAGCCCAAAGGUCACCCUCUAUUCUCAAAUUACUUUUUUUUUGAAAGCCAAAUCUUCUUUAGGACUCCCAACACCAUAGUGGCUUUAGCAGUUUGUUUAUUUGUAGGACAGUCAACAAUUUGAAUUGUAUAACAAUAGAACAAUCCAUUUUACAAACCAGGUACAGUUUUCUAUGCUCCGGUACUGCGUCUGUCCUGACGUCAGGUUUCUCCAAGCCUGUGUAUCAGUGUUGUUCAUGCGUCAUUUUAGGAGGAAGUGUUUGCAUGGCUUUUUCUUCACUUUUUUUCUGUAUGUGGCUAAGCCCUGCACACGUUCAUUCUGAAAAGCCUUAAAUCCUUGGGAUGUUCAACGUGGGGUGUGUGGUACAAAAGGCCGCCUGGAACCUGUGAGCCCUUUUGUAAGCUGGAAGCAUUUCUCUUAUAACUGUUACUUUUCUAGGAACUUUUUAAUUCACAGCUGCCAAAGCAUUCCAGUAUGCAGUGCCUUAGUGUUCUCUUAGAUGUACGUGCCACCAGCCUUUUCUUAGAGCCGUUUUUGACCUUAUUUUACAAAUUGGCUCCAUUCAAAAAACAAAUGAACAAAAAUACGAGCACCUGUUUUCUUUGGUUCCAUCAGAAGCUUUUUUUUUGACUACUUGGUCUAAAACAUGAAAUUAUACACAAGUCAAUCCCAUCAUUAUGCUCUUAAAUGUAUAUACCAAAAUGAAAGGUUACAACUUCAUAGUUUUCCGUGAAAAGUACUUAUGAUGCUGCCUUUUAAAUUUUACGACCAAAUACUUAACUAUUUUUGAAUUUUCACUCUAGCAUGAAAGUGCCUUUGGUUUGCCGUUCCAGCUUAGAAAAGUGCUGCCAUAAUGAUGAUAAUUUGUAGAGAGACCAAAAAUAUUUAGAGAUCACCGUAAUGCCUUUGGUUUAUUGGAAUGAGGGGGAAAAAAAAAAAAAACACAGAACUCUAGGCCUCCAUUUACAAGAGAGCACUGCGUAUGGUAACCUGCUGGCCACCAGUAAUCAGAUAGUCGAGUCCGGAACCUUCUACUCUCCACCAUCACUUUAUAGCCGUGAAGACCAGUAAUUGGGAUGUUAACGUAUCCAGAUUACCCAUGUCCUCCCUUUUUCAGCUCCUUGCUCAGUCUUGUGUCUGUGGAACACGAGCCACAGAAACCAUUUGUCAGUGGACAAACGUUACAACUUUGGGUUCAUUCGGUCUCCUUUCUGUUGAGCAUUUCAGUUCCUGUGAAGGCUUUCAUUUUUCUACUAGUUCUAGUGUGCACUUAUUUUGUUUACAAAGUUAGACUCUUUGGAAAUUUGGAAGCACCAGACUGAGAUAAAAGUACAGAACCAAAGUGAAGUAGGGUAAAUCAAAUCCAAACCAGCUUUUUUUUUAGCCUGGAAAUGUUGACUCUCGAGUGGGAUGUCUGAAUGUGCUUUGAAAAACCUCCCAAAGAGCACCAUUCACAACUCAGCAUUUUCAAGAAAUGUUUCAGCCCCAAGGAAGGCAACUCCUCAAAGUCAGUGUCUGCUUUUGUCACCUUUUGAGAUCCAGGCCAUACAUUAUAUGGAAAAUGAACGUGAGGGGUUGGGCCAGGGGACCAGGGCAAAACACCAGCCCAACCAAAACCUAAAAGAGAGGUGUUUUUAUUACAAACAGUUUUAUAGUCACUUAGUGAACUUUUGACAUAUAUUGUCCACUCCUGCGUGGUAUCUAUCAUGAGAAUACUCUUUCUAAAUUUGAAAUUUUAUUUUAGAUCACUCGAUUUCUGUACCUCUCUCUCCACACUCACCCUCUAAUCCUUGUACUAUGAAGAUUUACAUAUGAAAAGAAACUUAUCUGGAAUGCCACUAAAAUUUGGCCAUUUCUGUUCAAACACUACACAAGCUAGUUAGCUACUUGAGUUUCCAAACCAUAGGUCUUGGUACUGCACCCUGCCUUGAAAGAAAUUGAAGCUCUAACAAUAUUUGUUUCCCCAUUCUUCCCCCUUUUUUUAAGCUCAGUUUCAUUUGGCAAUAGUUUUCCAGCCUGAUUAAACCCAUCGCCUAUAUCUUUCAAAGUGAAGCUUGUAUGAUUAAUGUUUAACACCAGUAGACAGCUAGCAGAAGUCAACCCACCAUGAGAAUAGUUGAAAUACUUGUAUUUCUUUUCUUGUCGUAACUCUUUGGAUGUAGUUGGUUUUCUUACUCCCUGUGAAGUUUUAUUUUGGAGUCUGUGUACUCUGAAAUGUUUGAUCUGAUUUUUUUUAAAUGAUAUUUAAUCUCUCUAUCAUUAAUCAUCAAUCGUUAUAGAUUUCAGUUUCAGACCUCUCUCAGGUUGCCCUUUUUUUGUCUGCCUUCGAUUAUCAGAUUGUGCAUUCUUUCUUCUUCAUCUUCUGUUUCUUCUGAAAAAGAAGCUGUUAGUGUUUAAGUACAAGCCAAUUGGAAACCAGUCUCUGACUUUUCCAGUUUCAUAUUCAUAAUCUUCAUUGUGUCAAUUAGCUGUUGAAAGCUCUUGGUUGACAAAGGAUGUUUUUCCCUGUUACCUCCUUAAAAGACACACUUUUUUUUAUGGGCCUUUUUAUUUCAGGCUCAUGACUGCAGACAAAAAAUAAAUAAAUAAAAUAAAUACAGUACGUGCCUGAAAAAUGACAGAAGAAUUUUAUAACAGUAAAAAACAAAAAAAAAAAACAAAAAACAAAAGUAAAAAAAAAAACCUGAAUAGCCUUUAAUUCUUUACUAUCUGUACAUUUUACGUAAACCCGUUUUUGCCAUGUGCAUCUGUUCACGUUGUAAAUGACUUAAUGGAAUUCUCACUUUAUGUUUAUUCGUGUAAUGUGUAUAAAAAUGGAUUUGUGACUUAAGCAUAUUCAUAUAUGGUCAGUGGUUACUUUAUGAUUGUACUGCUGCUGGUGACUUGAUGUGGAAACUGCCUUUUGAUAAAGCGUUUCCUUUUUGUUAGAUUGGGGGUGGGGGACCCUGUUGGGGGAGGGGGGUAGGGUAGAGAAAAUCUCACAUAUUUCUUUAACCUAAUUGCAGAAAUUUCCAAAAGAAGUUCACUUCAAUCUCUUGGCAGUACAGUAUUCUGGUAUUUGUUAUUGUCUGUGUGUAGGUACUGGUACCUUUUUUUGUUUCAAAAUGUUUUAAGUGUUGGCUUUAAAGUGAAUUUAUCUUUAGUAUGAUAGUAAUAUGAAAAUUAUAGGGUUUGUGUGCAGAGAAUUUUUUUAUAAAGUGCUUUGUAAAAAAAAAAAAUGUAUUCUAGCUUUCGCGGUACAUGUGUGAUAACUUUAAUAUCCAUGCCAGUUAAGUGCAAUUAUUUCAUCACUCUAAAAAUGCUAUUUUUGUGUCAGUUACUGCAGGUGUUUUCAUGUCUUUGCAAAGUGACACAUUUUGAUGCCUUCUUGAGGAAGUGGUAGACUUUUUGUAGCUUUCUAGAAACUUUGUAUUCAUACCGUAUCGAUUGAAAAUAAAGAAAAUCAAAGUGUGGGUCAACUUUUU